AAGACAUUGGAAUGCUGCAAGGAGCCUCAGAUAACAAAGAAAUCUUAUCGAUUUGCUUAUAAUCAUCAACGCAGGCACCAUGAAACCCAAGCCAAUACCUACUUCAAGUCAGCCAUGUCAUUCAUUUGCGUGCGCUAUACAAGACUGCUUAACAAAAAAUUCUUAUCAGGAGGAAAGGUGUCGUGAUCAGAUUAUUGCUCUGUAUAAAUGCUGCGAUUUGUUUUAUCAGGAGAAUGGCCGUGACGCUAGGACUCCAAGCUGCCCCAGGCCAGACUUACUCAAGCUGAAACUCCAACAGUACGGAUUGAUGUAGUUGAUGAGUUCCGAGAUUGGCGAACGCAAGUUCCGGACGGAUGAUUUAGGAGCGUAUGACCACACAAUUUUCCCGGUGAUAUGAUAGCAUGAAGGAAGGGAUGUUGUAUAUAUUAAUCUACACAGAACUCCGAAGUGUGUAUUCCAUACUGCAAAGCAAAGUUGCAGCACUAA